AUGAAGCUCAAGGCGGCAAACGACUCGAAGACAGCGCUUGAGCUAGCCGAGUCGAGCGAGUGGAGCGCUCUAGAUCGUCUUAUCUCGGCGCAGCGAGAGCGUGCAGAUGAUAUGGACGAUUUUGGCAUGAUGCCAUUGCACUGGGCAUGCACGGACACACAUGUACCAUUGCGUAUUGUGAAAAAGCUGGUAGAGGUUGCUCCAUCAGCUUUAAGUCAUAAGAAUAAGGGUGGUCUUUUACCGCUACAUAUUGCUAUUAAAGCUGCUACAAAACUUGAGGUGUUGCGUGCACUCGUGCAAGGUGCACCGGACGUGGCUGAGUGUUUGUUUGAAGAAACUCCCACGGGUGAGACGCCAGCAGAGCUUGCGCGGGCAUAUCAGCUGACGGAUGACAAAAUAAACUUUCUUGUGGAUAUUGAGCAACAAUUACGGGCAGCUGGUAAGGCACCUGAUCGCCCAAGUGCAAGGUUUCAGGCGUUUUUGAAUCAACCUGGGGGUUUCUCGCUCGCUUCAGAUGACACGUCUAGUGUCAGCAGCUUCAAAAGUCUACCUACUGCAUUAGGUAGUAAGACAUUGGAUGAUGAAUGGACAAACAAUAGAAAUGUAAUGGGCGCUUUGCGAUUGCCUGAUGGACUCGCUGGUGUGCCGCUACCACCACGUUGGCGACUGGAUAAGCGUUGUAAUAUUUGUCAACUCAAGUUUAGCUACUUUAAGACGCGUCAUCACUGUCGUUCGUGCGGCGAGUCAGUUUGUAGUACUCACUCGAAUAAACGGCUGGUGUUGCAUCACUUAAGCCUAAAGACGCCACAACGCGUGUGUAUUUUAUGCUAUGACGACUUACGUGAGAAUGGCGCGCCUUCUGCUGUCGUAAAUAUGUACGGCCACGGGCGUCAUACCGGGUUGCCACCUAUGGAUUCUAACAUGUCACGACAAGAGUCCACGCUACACUCGGUUAAAGGUUCCGGCCGACCGCCACUACGGUCUUUUAACAGCACAGUAUCACUGACCAACACUUCGUCUAGCAGCCGUGACUCGGCGCUCCAGAGUCCACCGGAAGCUGACAAAUAUUUGACGAGUGCAAACACACCGCGUCGUGCUGCACCGCAUGAUGGAGGUUUUACUGGCAACGUGGCAGACCGCGACCCGACUCUGACAUCGAAUCUACCGAUUGAUGACGAAUCGCGCGUUCGUCCUCGUGCCUGGACAGAUGUCGACUCUACAGAAAAGUAUCAAGACAUGCAAGAACAAGUGCGCGAGCUAGAGUCGCACGUUCAAGAGCUCACACUGGCUAAGUCUCUAUUGGAGCGAAAGCUGGAGGAUACUACCAUUAUGGCCGCAGAUGCUAACAAGGAGCACAAUGCAGUUAAUGCGAAUAAUCAUGGUAACAGUAGUGUGCCUGACUUUACCAAAAGUUUUAUGCAAGGGAGACACCGUCAGCUCUCAGUGGAGGUCGAAAAGAAGAUUGUGUUGAUUGAGGACAAGGAUGUGAAUGUUGCUGAAACAUGCAACUUUUUGGGGCAAGUUUAUCUGGAUCGAGGCGACUUUAGCAGUGCGGUGGAGGAAUUUCGCAAAUCUGUGGAAGCAAAUCGAAAGGAUCUCGACGUAUGGGUCAACCUGGCACGUGCACUUCACGGUGCAGGCGAGUUUUACGAUGCAGAGAUCGCCAUCCGGCGUGCAAUCGCCCUCAGCUCAAAUAAUUAUGCUUGCUUAUCUAUGUAUGGCAAGAUUCUGCAUUCAAAGGGUGAGCAUGACAAGGCUGUUGAAGUCUUUCGCGAGGCACUAUCUUUAAUGGAUCAAGAAGAGGAAUCGGAUGAAGAUGUUGGCUCGAUGACUGUGGGUUGGUGA